AUGUAGGCACAUCUAAGCUCCAAUCUUCCUGCAGAAGUAAACAUCGACCCUUCCAUUGUUGAAUAUGUGUCCAUUUGAUGAUUUUAUACAGAAAUAAGAAGCAAACUAACACAUGCUUGUUUGAUUUGUGUACGAGUGUCUGGAUCCGGCUACGAAAUAAUGGGAAAAGGCAGAAUAACACUCGAACAAGUCAGAUUCGAAACAAAAAAGGAUACAACCCAAGAAAGAUGCAGAGGUCCAAUAGUCAUGGUACUUGUCCCCAAACGUCCGAUCUCAGCUAAUCCACAAGAAAGAACAAUGCCUGAUCUGGCGUCCGCAAGGGAUAUGACAAAGAGUGGCUUGGUUAAAUCACAGUUCCAAGCAAACAAAAGGACACUACGACCUAAGGUAUAUCCGAGAAAAGGAAAUGUUGAAGUUGCAGAUCCAAAGGCAAACAAAUUAUCAACUGAUACAUCUUCGGAUCUGAAAGGUGUACACUCAUCUGUGCUGAGAUUUUGCUGAAUCUGCAGCGUGUGUGAACGCAUAUGGAAUGCAUGUAUCAUUUGAAGAUACAUGUGGACCAUUUGGAACUUGACCUGCUUUGAGAACAAAAGAAAAAUCCACCUCCAAACUGAAUAAAUGACAUGUUUUUUUUUUUUUUUUUUCCCCGAAUGCAUUAGUGAUAGAUCCGCUAAAAACAAUCGUGUUUCCUCAAUAACUCAUGAAGCUGUUUACUUGUGCUAGGAAACUUUUUAUUUUUUUAUUAUUAAUAGUUUGUGGUAUCCCUUAUGAGCGACA